GGUCCCGCUAUGCAACGCGAGCGUGUUGCUCUCCUGCACAUGUAAAGACUUGUUCUCUCACAAGGACCAAAUAUUCGUCGACGAGAACUGAGUUGAGAUAAAAUUUUAGCUAGAAGCUUUGAAGUACAGGAUCGAAAGGUCGCACGAAAAUUUAAAGAAAUGAAGUUCCCUUUGGUGAUUCCGCUCCUCUUUGUCCUCAUCGCAAUUCCAACAAUGGAUUCUAAGCGUUCGAAACGGGCAUCACUCAACGAAGAGGGAAGCGACAACUUCUACGGUGUAGAAGCCCAUGAUGAGUUUAAACCUCCCAAGGGCAAACGUUUCGCCGGCAUAAACUUCAACUCUGUGGAAGACCAAGAAAAGUUUAUUCCUCCCCCAGGCAAACGCAAUGCCGGCAUCAACUUCAACUCUGUGGAAGACCAAGAUAGGUUUAUUCCUCCCCCAGGCAAACGCAGUGCCGGCAUUGACUUCAACACUGUGGAAGACCAAGAUAAGUUCGGUCUUCCCCCGGGCACACAGAGUGCUGGCAUCAACUUCAACACUGUGGAAGACCAAGAUAAGUUCGUUCUUCCCCAGCAGGGAAAACGCAGUGCCGGCAUGGACUUCAACACCAUGGAAGACCAAGAUAAGUUCCGUGUUCCCGAUGCCGGAAUACCUCCUCACCCCUCAGGCAAACGAAAGUAGGAUGAUUUACAGAAGUUGCAAAGACAAUUUGCGAAUGAUAAUCACAUCAUCUUAAUGUAGAAGGAUAGCAUAUCACGUAUGCAAAGUCAUGUUUUUAAGAUAGUUUUUGUUUCUGGUGACCGCUGAAAGAAACACAAAAAUUUGCAUAUCUAAUUAGGUGAGAACCGAGGAUAAGCCGAAAUUACAAACUUUUUAAAAUUUUUCCCGUAACUAAGUUGAUGGAACCUUUAACUAUUUUCCAAGAGAGUUUCGCUAAAACAAAUAACAAUCGAUUGCUUGGGACUGACUAUCAUUUCUCGAUAUUCUCACAAAUGCUCUAUUGAAUUCUUUGUGACGGUUCAUUGACUUAUUCCUUGUUUACUUGUCCAUGUGUCUAUGAAAUAAAAACUUCUUCAAGUUUUUGAGACGCUCGUCGAACUUCCAUUAAGAGUCCUAGUGAAGUUUUCAAUAUUUUCCAAAUUGCCAAUUUCCAAGAUUUGAAGCCAUUUGCUGAACGUUAGUAAAGGGUAUCGGCAAAGUGUUCAGUUUUCUUAAUACUAACUGUGGUCAAGAUAUUUUAAAAAAUUUUAAUUAGCCAUGCCCUCAGGCACGCCACUAGAAGCUGCGGUGUCAUUCCACACACUGCCUAUUGUUCAGCUUGUCAUUUUAUCAUUCCCGUGCGUCAAAGUCAGUUCCUGUUUUUCGCUGGGAGUCACAUUCACCUGACCUUCGCAGCUUCUAAAAAUUUCAG